AUGAAGGAAAGCCAAGGGAAAAGUUUCUCUACACAAGGUCAAAAGUUCCAACAAUUUACUCCAAAUUUUGACAUUAUCAAUAAAAAUUUCAUUUCAUUCCUCAUCAAUAACAAUAACAGGUGGUGGUUAAAGUUACUUCCAGAUUGUCGCGACAACGCAAGUUCAUUUGCUGCUUGUUAA